GAGAGAGAGAGAGAGAGAGAGAGAGAGAGAGUGCGUGCGCGCGCGCGCGUGUGGUUCCCAUACAGCAGCAGUCAGUCGCACCUUUGCACCGACCAGCUCCUGACGCUACCUCGUUCUCUCCACAGACCUGCUCCUUCUUCUUCUUCUUCACUCGUGUGAAAAUCUAAAAACAACAUUCGAGUUUCUCCGCUUUUAAACCUUCAUUCCUGCGACUUUUGUCCCCACUUUCCUGGAUUCUCUCUCCGGUUGGACUCUCGCCGCCGAGUCGACGCAAGGCGCCGGUAGAUAAGCUGGAGAAAAUGGUGUGAACGCUGCUGGAAUGCAACGGGAUUAUCAUCUGACUCGAAGGAGGCGAAGCACUCGGACCACGAGAUUACAACUGAUCUGUGCCGUACUACGAUGCCUGUGAGGCUGCCAUGUCGACGCUGAAGCACGUUAUUCUGCAGGAGAAGGACGAGGACAUCGAGAAGAAGCUGGACUGGAGUUACAUCGAGUGGGCCGAGAAUGAGGAGGUCGGUGCAGGUGUGGCGGACGCCCAGACGCAGACGGACUCGGGGGAAGUCGAGCACAAGGAGAGUCAGACCAGCAGCCCGGUCAUCAUGCACAUCGACCUCACACGGACACACUCCAAGCUCAGACAUUUGUCCCUGGUGGACGGCGACAGCUUGGUGCCGCCUUUCUUCCAGUUUGACCGCCAGGCUCCGGGACGCAUCUCCACAUCUCCCACCUUGAGGAGGAUGAGGAGCACGAGGCGUCCUCUGGGUGACUCACGGGAUCCGGCCAGGAUGGGGAGCACCCAGGAGGAGCCCUCGCCGUCCCCCAUGAGCCCCCUGUCCCCUGCUAACAAGGUCAAAUCUCCCCUAGCCCCGAGCCCCCUCUCUGAUGGAGAGAUCUGUCACGAGAUCUGUUCAUCCUCGGGCCGACAGAGAACCAGAUCACAUAGAUCAAAGACAUUUGACAACGGUAUCACUUCCACCAGGCAGGAAUGUCGCAGUGCUCACCCUGCUCCCGUUAAAGAGUUUGGAUUUCCUGAUGCUGAAGUGCAGGAGAAGGAGCACUGUCAUAACAGGCUUCAGGAAAGGAGGCGGAGCUCCGUGGUGGUCAGUUUGCCCGGAUUGGAUGUUUCACCAGGAGACCUUUUUGUAUCCAACGGAGCAGCUGACAUACUAAACGGCUCAAACUACUCUGACACUAAGAAGUCAAAGUGGCCUUUCUCGAGGCGUAGUACGACUAAAGGGAAGUCGCAGACAGCCACAGUGUCAGAUAUCGAAAAGUAUCUUUCAACAGCACAGAUUCAAGCCUGGAGGAACUCUGAACUUCAAAAAUAUAAGGAUUACUCUGUGGCCGAGUUCCUGCAGGACCAGUCCUCCCAGGUGGGCGCUUCCACCGACCCUCAGGUCUUCAAAAGACAAGAGGCCAUCUGGGAACUCCUCACCAGCGAAUGCGUUUACUUCUUGGAUCAGCUCAUGGUUCUCAAAGAGGUGUUUUUGGCUACACUCACAAACCUGCAGUCGAGGAACUGCCUCACUGAUGUCGACUCGUGGAGGCUGUUUGCAAACCUCAACGAGCUUUGCCUGGUGAGCUUUGGUUUCCUGAACAACCUCCUUCGCGUCAUCAGGGACACGCUGGAGAUCAGUGAGGGUGGCGGGCCCACCCUGCUGGAGCUGCUGGGGAAGGCCUUCCAGGAGAGCAUAUGCCACUGUCUGCAGAAGUACUGCCUCAACUACUCCACGGCUCUGCUUUACCUGGACAGCCUGAAGUCCAGGGAGGACUUUGGAUCAUAUGUGAAGUGGUGUGAGAGGAACGAACAAUGCCGGAGGCUGCAACUGCGUGACCUGCUGGUGGCGCCGUUGCAGAGGCUAACUCGAUACCCUCUGCUGUUGCGGAAUAUCGCGAAAAGAUGUCAGCUGGAUGAAGAAACCAGAGGCAUGCAGGCGAUAGCAGAGCAAGUGGACACAUCCAUAUGUGAUUUAGAGGGGAAGGUGAAAUGGCUGGAUAACUACCAGAAGGUGAAGCAGCUGAGAGACGCCCUGGUGUGGCUGCCUGUAUGGGAGAGAGACAAGCGUGCCUUCAUCCCCGAGAAUCUAAAACAUCUCCUGAAGGCUGUCACUCUGGAGAAUCUGAUUUCUCACAGAAGUCUGCUGCACGAAGGGAAGCUGGUGCUCACAGAGAACACGAAGCUGAUAGAUGUUUAUCUGUUCCUGUUUGACGAAUUCCUGCUGAUUACAAAGAUAAAGAGAAACAAGAAGAGGUCCAUCGGUCCGGAUCAGAAUCCUCUGAGGCCGCUGCAGAACCUGGAGCUGGAUCAGCUGCUGAAGGAGGGAUGCACCUUCACGGUCAUCGACCAGCCCGUCUCUCUGGACCGACUCCAGCUGAAGAACAUUGAUCAACUAAAUGCGUCCACAUCAGGGUUGCCUCAUUCAUUCAUAAUAAUGCACCAGAACCGCUACCAGCAGUGCAUCGGUGCGUUCAUCCUGCAAGCUGCGACAGAGUCAGCCAAGAGAGCGUGGAUGUCAAAGAUAGAGGGCGCAGUGACGGCGCUGCUGAAGCUGGACUCUCAGCAGCCGCGAGUCAAGAGCUCCUCACUGUGGCUGGAGUCUUCACAGAUAUGAGCCGUCCAGCAGCACCAGAAGCCAUCCGAAAUGUUUCUACUGUCAAUGUGCACUUCACUGUCCCCUCGAGUCUUGUAAAUGACUGUACUAGCGCUAGGAUUGUUUUGUAAACUCCGUGUUUGCCUUUAAAGGCAGCUGCUGCAGUAGUGUACAAUAAAUAUGUGAUUAUGUAGUUAA